UGCUUUCGCUUUGGUGCCGAGCGAGGCCCGGGCUGGGGGUGGCGGUGCCCCCGGCCCCCCCGGUGGCACAGGUACAAAAGGAGAAGGAGCGGGGCGCGGCGUGGGCGCGGGGAGCAGCGAGCAGCCGGCGGCACCCCAGGGCACCCCACGGCUGCAGAGCCCCCCCCGGGCUGGGGGACGGAGCCAUGGCAGGGGACGGGGAGCUCAGCCGCGUCAUCAGGGACCUGCAGAAGACCAUCGGCGAGCUGAACCGCGGCUACCGGGAGCAGAACCUGCCGGUGACGGACGGCAGCCGGGAGCUGCACAGCCUCUGCGCCCAGCUGGAGUUCCUCCUGCAGUUUGACCUCAAGGAGAAGAAGAGCUUCUUCGGGCAGCGCAAGGACUAUUGGGACUUCUUGUGCCAGGGCCUGGCGCGGCGCCGGCAGGAGCACGAGGGCGUUCGCUUCGUCACCUCGCUGGACAAGCUGAAGACCCCCGUGGGUAGGGGCCGGGCCUUCCUGCGCUACUGCCUGGUGCACCGGCAGCUGGCAGAGUCCCUGCAGCUCUGCCUGCUCGACCCCGAGAGCCUCAGCGAGUGGUACUACGCCCGCAGCCCCUUCCUGAGCCCCCAGCGCCGGGCGGAGAUCCUGGGCAGCCUGUACGAGCUGGACGGCGUCACCUUCCAGCUGGCCCUGCGCAGGGCUGACCUGGACACCGCCUGGCCCAUGUUCUCUGAGACACUGGUGCGCCCCAGCAUGGCAAAGACGGCCCCACAGCCAGGCGAUACCGGCCCGGGGGCACACGGGUGUGCCGAUGACACCUCGCAGCCCAUCGCAGCACCCCGUAGGGCACCAGCCCAGCCGAGCCCACCCGCCUCGGCUUCCCCACGAGCGGGGGGUGAGGAGGAGGAGGAGGACGUGGAGGGAGAGGAGGACGUGGAGGGGGAGGAGGACGUGGAGGGGGAGCUGGAUAUGGAGGAGGAUGAAAAGGAAGACCACGACGAUGAGAAGGAGGAGGACGAAAAGGGGGAGGAAGAGGAUGAAAAGGAGGAGGAAGAGGAUGAAAAUGAGGAAGAAGAGGACAUCCCCAGCACCAUGGAGGUCCCCCAGCCUGGUACCAAUGGUGACCCCAUCCCAUCACCACCGCCCGGCACGGGGCUCAUGGCCGGCGCCCCGCCAGGGACGGAGGCAUCGCUGCUGGUGUCCCGGCUGCGUGCCGAGCUGUGCCGGCAGGAGGAGGCGGCGCGGGUGCUGGCGGCCCGGCUGGCGCGGGAGGAGCGGCGGCACCGGCAGCGGGAGGAGAGCAGCGCCCGGCAGGCCCGGCUGCGGGAGCGCGAGGCCGAGGCGCUGCGGGAGACCAACGUCUUCCUCAGCCGGGCGCUGGCCGAGGCGGGGGGCCCGCAGGCGCUGGCACGGGCGCAGGAGGAGGCCCGGAGGUGGCGGGAGGUGGCGGAGGAGCAGGGCGCCCGCCUGGCCGAGGCGCUGGGGGAGGCGGCGGCGUUGGCCUCGCGCCUGCAGGACUGCCAGGCCAUGCUGGAGGCGGGGGGACGGACAGACGCCCCGAAGGAUGCGGGCACCCCAGCCGAGGUGGCCGCGCUCGAGGAGGUGCUGCGGCGGGCGCUGGAGCUCGCCCGCGGUCCCCAGGACCCCACGAUGGACGGCCAGGGAGAGGGGGACCCCGGCACGGCCGCUGACGUGGCGAUGCGCCUGGCAGCCCUGGCCACGGCGGCGCAGGAGGAGGCUCGGCAGAGCCAGCGGCAGCUCCAGGCCCAGCGGGAGGAGGUGGCACAGCUGCAGGAGCAGCUCAGCAGGGCCCGGCAGGACGGGGAGCGCUGGGCAGCGGCCCUGCAGCGGGCGCAGCGGGAGGCGCUGGAGCGGGAGGCCACGCGCGGCGCGGAGCAGGCGCGGCAGCAGGAGCUCAUCCGCGACAUGAAGGGGCGGCUGCUGGAGCUGCUGCGGGAGAAGGACGCCCUGUGGCAGAAGACGGAGGGCAUCGAUGCUCCAGCACCCAGCCCGGCGCCCCGCGAUGCAGGUCUGUGCGCCCGCUGCCACAAGGAUUUCCGCCUCCUGUCCCGGAGAUACUGCUGCAGGCUGUGCCAGGGCAAGGUGUGCCACGCGUGCUCCGUGGACGUGGGCAAGCAGGGGCGGUGCUGCCUGCUCUGCUACCAGCAGAGGCACCCGGCGGCUACGUGAGUGCCGAGGGGGUCUGUCCUGAGGGGGUCUGUCCUGCUGCGCCUGGGGCACGGGGCCUGCGGGCAGGUCCUGGCACCCCAGGUGUUGGGGCUGAGAUGUUCUCCGCACGGCCGG